UCCGGAGGGUCCUUUGCCACAGUGGCUAUGUGACUGUGACUCGCAACUGCUAUCUCCGAAAUGGAGUGUGACUUGGGAAAUAAACACUCGGUGGUGCGGUCAGCCCGUUCUGCCUGCACGUCUCAUCAGCAGUCGCAACCUACCUCGCCGUCAUCGCUUCCAAACGCGACAACACCACUUCCAGGGAUUUCGCGAAACGCAUCUCUGCAACAGAAAAAGAUCAAAAAAACGAUCAAAAUGGCGGUUAAGAAUGUCAACGUUUUCGUCAGCACUUUUGCAGGAUUGGGCCUGCCGUCCACUCUGGUUCUUCCUGUUCCCUCGACAACGACUCUAUCCGACUUGCGAUGCCAACUUGACGAACGUCUGCCUGCGACGGACAGCCGACUGAUCCUGACGACGGUAUCCAACAAGGAGCUUCCUGCAUCGUCCACAAAACCGGUUUCGGAUCUCCUGUCGUCCAUAAACGAUGAUUUUGUUUCUCUGCGACUGUCGGUGCCGCUUUGCGGUGGUAAGGGUGGUUUCGGAUCCCAACUCCGAGCUGCGGGUGGCCGCAUGUCCUCCAAGAAGAAGCGCAACCAAGGAGACGCAAACAACUCUAGCAGAAACCUCGACGGUAGGCGUCUGCGCACCGUUACUGAGGCCAAGGCACUGGCCGAGUACCUAGCUAUCAAGCCUGAGAUGGAGAAGAGGGAGAAGGAGAAGCGCCGCGAACGCUGGGAGCAGAUUGUCGAGCUUGCAGAGAAGCGUGAGGACGAGAUCAAGAACGGCAGCAAGGGCCGUCUUGAUGGCAAGUGGGUCGAGGACAAAGAAGAAUCCAACGAGAGAACUCGUGAAGCCGUACUGGCCGCUAUCAAGGCUGGAAAGUACAAGGACAACUUGCUCGGUACUUCCCAUGCAUCGACUGGCUCAGAAGAGACAGAUGACGCCAUGUCGAGUGAUGACGAGAAUGAGGAGGGGGGUAGUUCCAAGGAGUCUACCCCUCCGUCAGAACUCGCAAAGGCAUCCAAGGAUAAGCCGAGGACAUUUUUCGGGUUCGACGAGGACGACGAGUUCAUGAGCUCUGAUGAUGACGAGGUCGACGGGAAGAAGAAAUGAGCCUAAGGGUUCCUUCUUACCAACCUUCUAGUCUUAUCAGUAUCUUGGUUUUGCGCAUGGAGUUCAGGAUUGGGUGGGCAAAGCGCACGGAGUUUCCGGACAACCGGGUCAAUGUGGUGGUAUCAAAGGUUAGGCAAUUGUACAAAUUAUCAUAUGGGCGGACACUACAGAUAAUUUUCACAAAUCGU